AUGGAAAACUACGAGCAACACAACGAAGUCACCACGUCAUAUAACAAUAACAGCUUGAAACAUAACUUCAACGAAUGUAAAAAUGAUUUUUACAACUAUCAACACGUGACCAUCGAUAAGAGCUUGCAAAAAAACGUCGAGAAGGACUACAGUGCAUAUUUAGACCCUAAAACGAACUACAGGUUGAAAGUUGAUGAAACGGCUUCGAAUUUAACAACACCUUUUUCUGUUAAAGAUAUACUAAAUAUAAACCAAACAAAUUAUUAUGAACGAAACGAUAUGUGGAGUUCGAACGAUAAGGAUCGUAGGACCAAUGAUUUCGAGCCGUUAUACCAUCAAAACCAGCCGUAUUAUCCGGAUUAUUUCAGUCAAGCCUACCAUAACAUACCUAUGCAUACUAAUACGGACUCUUAUUGGAACCCUGUGAUGUACCAAGAUACGAAAGUUGAAGAAUAUUAUAAUUAUAAUCCAUACUACCACAAUCUCUAUCAGCAGACACACGAACAGUAUCAAGAAAUUCAAAAUCCAAGCUCUCACUCAUUAUUAGACGCACCACCCAAACUAGGCACCAUAGAAGAUAGGGACGCACAAAAUCAAGUAAUAUCAUAUUUGGAAAGGCCAUGCAUAAAUGAAAAAGGUCUACAGCCUAUGGUUUCCAAUUCCUUGCCGUACACAAGAACAGAGUCGUUAGAAAAGCUUACUAAUUUGUCAAGAAAAUCAACAAAGGCACCAAUUUGCAACGGGAAGUCUGAAAAGAAAGAUAAAAGCGCGAAAAGGAAACCGAGGAUACUCUUCUCUCAAACCCAAGUUCACGCCUUGGAAGUACGUUUCCGAGCUCAAAAAUAUUUAACGGCACCGGAAAGGGAACAGCUAGCUAAGACUUUGAAUUUAUCACCGACACAGGUCAAGAUCUGGUUUCAGAAUAGAAGGUACAAAAGUAAAAGGAUAAAGUCUCCAGAAGUUUCCACCUCUACUGACGCUAAACCUAGUAAAGGUUCUACCGGGAGAAAGCUCUAUAAGCCAGAGAGCCAGGUUAUAAAAAUGGAACAUUAUGAUUCCUUCAAGACUGAACCUGAAGAAAUCGUAUGUGAUACUAACGAUACCCUGACCUCGACUAUUUAUUUUGACGAUAGCUUAAAUUACGAAAACGAAAGUGUGACUGAAAAAUAUUACAGGCAUUUAGGUAUUGAUGAAAACGUUGGAACUAGUUCCGACGGUAUACUUUACGUUCCGGAACACAAUGCAAACACUUCCAAGGACGACACGAAUGCUUUUACGGAACAAUACGAUAUAAAGAAAUUUUAUAGUAUGAAUUAUGUUUGUUGA